GAGAGAAACAAGAAAAGGAGGAGGGGGAGAGGAACUGGCUGCCGCCGCUGCCGUGUGGGUUUCUUGACACUCCCCGCCCGCCUGGGAAAGUGGCUUCCAGAGAGGAGCAGCUCAGCGCAGAGCCCGGCCCGGGAGAGAGCGGGGGGCACCUUCCCCGGGCAGUUGUUCGCAUCCCCCUUGGCAGCGGCUCUUCGCUCAGUACUCCCGUGCACUUGGCUCCCCUGGACUUUGGCGGCUCGGCGCGGCUUCUCCGAGGGCUUUGUUGAGUGUUGAGACGGGCAGGAGCCCGCCCGGCGGAGAGGCGCGUGCAGGAGCGGACAGGACCGGGGACCGGCCGAGCCCGCUGCCCGCCGGUGGAUGCACACGCGCUGCUCGGCGCCCGCAGCCCGCACGCUCCCGCCCGGGGUCCCGCGGCCCCGCACUCGGCCUGGACACCAUGGUGGCCAGAGUUCGGCCGGAUCGGAAACAGUUGCCGCUGCUUCUACUGAGACUGCUCUGCCUUCUCCCCACAGGACUGCCCGUUCGCAGCGUGGAUUUUAACCGCGGCACGGACAACAUCACCGUGAGGCAGGGGGACACGGCCAUCCUCAGGUGCAUUGUGGAGGACAAGAACUCAAAGGUUGCCUGGUUGAACCGUUCUGGCAUCAUCUUUGCUGGUCAUGACAAAUGGUCUCUGGAUCCCCGGGUUGAGCUGGAGAAACGUCAUUCUCUGGAAUACAGCCUUCGAAUCCAGAAAGUGGAUGUCUAUGAUGAGGGUUCCUAUACUUGUUCGGUUCAGACACAGCAUGAACCCAAGACCUCUCAAGUUUACUUGAUUGUGCAAGUUCCACCAAAGAUCUCUAACAUCUCCUCGGAUGUCACUGUGAAUGAGGGCAGCAACGUGACCCUGGUUUGCAUGGCAAAUGGCCGCCCUGAGCCUGUUAUAACCUGGAGACACCUUACACCGACUGGAAGAGAAUUUGAAGGAGAAGAAGAAUAUCUGGAGAUACUGGGCAUCACCAGGGAGCAGUCAGGAAAAUAUGAGUGCAAAGCGGCCAAUGAAGUCUCCUCGGCUGACGUCAAGCAAGUCAAGGUCACUGUGAACUAUCCUCCCACCAUCACUGAAUCCAAAAGCAACGAAGCUACUACAGGGAGACAAGCUUCACUCAAAUGUGAAGCCUCGGCAGUGCCUGCGCCUGACUUUGAGUGGUACCGCGACGACACCAGGAUAAAUAGUGCCAAUGGCCUUGAGAUUAAGAGCACUGAGGGCCAAUCCUCCCUGACGGUGACCAACGUCACUGAGGAACACUACGGCAACUAUACCUGCGUGGCUGCCAACAAGCUGGGGGUCACCAAUGCCAGCCUAGUCCUUUUCAAGCGUGUUUUACCCACAAUCCCCCACCCCAUUCAAGAAAUUGGUACCACCGUGCACUUCAAGCAAAAAGGACCUGGGUCGGUGAGAGGAAUCAAUGGAUCCAUCAGUCUGGCCGUACCACUGUGGCUGCUGGCAGCAUCUCUGCUCUGCCUUCUCAGCAAAUGUUAAUAGAAUAAAAAUUUUAAAAUAAUUCUAAAAAAAACACACAAAAUGCGUCACACAGGAUACAGAGAAAGAGAGAGCGAGGUGGAGGGACUGUUUAUUUCACAACUUUGUGUGUUCAUAAAUGAAGGGGGAAAUGAGGAAAAGAAGAGAUGACAACAUUUCCAACCAUUUUCCAAGUCCAUCAAUAAAGAAUUGAAUAUAAUUCGGGGUGGGAAAAGUUCUACGGGCUACGUGUAUAUGUAAGCAAAUGAAUGCUGCGUAAAGAUCAAUUGUGUUGAGGAUAUACAGAUGUAAAACUAAGACACUUGCAGAAGUAACAGUUGGGUCUUAACCCCUCUUCCCCAUACACACUCUUUAUCCUUCAUUUUUAUUCAUCUGUGGGAAAAGAAAAACAAGGCCUUGCCUUUGAUGUUUAUACUCCCAUCAUCUUUCUAUAUUGUUUUUCAUUGGAACUGAUUUGUAGCUAUUUCAGAUUGUGAAUGAGAUCCACGCCGGCGUCCUGUGUGGAGCCUUUAUCUGGUUUUCCUGCAUCCACUUUCACUCCCAUUUUUAAGACGCCCCCCCCCAUUUCCACCUCCGGUGUCUUCUGAUCUCCCCGCCUCCACCCCAGAGAAUCCCCUUGACUCCGGUCCCCGCCACCCUCUCCUCCUCGCCCCCCGCCACCCCGCUCAGCGCUAGUCAUGCCGCAGAUGCUAGGAAGUGCCAUUUUAAUUUCACCACUGUGCGCGCGUGCUCGUCUCUCGCUCUCACGUGGGUGUACAUGUGUGUGAGCGUGUGUGUCUCUCUCUAAAGCAUGCCAAGGGAAUGGUCCAUGUGUACAUAGACUCAUUGUGCUGUAGAUACUGUCCCGCAUUUGUAAUUGUGAGAUGCGGCUGCGGCCAGUUGCUGGGGGAGAGGGCGGGGAAGGAGACCCCCCGGGGGCAGAGCGCCUCCCCCAUCCAUGGCUGUCCCAUGACAUCAGUGUGUAUCCAAACCAAGCGGUGCCCCUUCCAAGGGAGAACCUCACAUUCCUCCUAGUCCAGUCAUCAGAACCCAAGUCAAGAGUCACUCAGAAUAUCACUGUCAAUGAAAGUGCCUACUACCGAUGGGGUGAGCGAACAGAACGAAUCAGUGACGUGGAUGAGGCGACCAAGGAGAGAAGGUUUCUGAUUUCACUCUUGUUUCCUGAGGGAUUCAUAGAUUUCCUGGAUUUUUGUAGGUUUUGUCCUGCUCCGCUGCAGGAAUCAGUCGCAUGUGUUCAGUAAAUCCCCAGAAGCAGGAAGGUGUCCGUCUCCCUGGGCUAACUCCCCAUGAAGGGAUGUGGACCACAUGGAGAGUCUAAGCAGCCCAGUUUUGCCCCCUCCCUAAUCUUCAAAUAACACUGCAUUUGCCCCUAUGGAUUCCCUUGAGCAGAGAUUGUUUCCUAUUUCAGAUAAAGUUCAGUAACAGUGAGCAAGGUAGAAAAAGUAGAGACAACUGACCAUCUUCUUAAUCGCCUUCCAGAGAUACUGUCAGAGUUCUAAUACCAUUGACCAUAGCAAAAGGAAUUCAUUCCUUGUGCACCUUUGCAGAUUUUUGUUCUUUCUUCUAGGCUAAUUUGCUUGCACACAUCUUCCUUCGGUUCCUUUGAUGGCACUUGCAACAUCUUUAUCAUAAUAGCUCAUCAUGAUCCAAGCCCAGGCUACUAGGAAUAGAUGACAUUGACCUUCCUGCUCACUUUUGUCUUUCAGUCUCCUGAAAAUGUUGGGUGAGUGAUACGAAGGGGAAAUUUAUAUCUAUAGAAGCGACACUGACAAUAAUUCUAAAUUGUAAUGUUAAUUCUUCUAACUAAAAGAACUGGGGGACUUGAAAUAAUUCAGACAGAAGCUGUAUGCAUGACACAAACCUUGGAAUCACCACAGUAUCAGAAGGAUUUUCUUAGAAAAGGCUUAUGGAGAGAACUGGCUCUCUUCACAGAGAUCUUUGGAAGGAAUCCAACCAUUGUUUUCACUUUGAUGUAGAAGGCAUUGGAAGUGGCUGGAUUUAUGAAAAGACAAAGAAUCAUUAUUAGGGUUACUACUGAAAUAUUUCAACAUACCCAAAUAUGAGAGGACAAAUAAAGGGAGGGAGGAAAGAGAGGAAAACAGAGAAAAGAGAAAAAAGAGAAGCUAAAAUCUAGAAUAUGUGGUGAAGACUCUUUCCAAUGAAUCUUACCUUUGAAAAUGAUCUCCUUGAGAAGCUAUGCUUUUAAUCUAUGCUUGAUUAUUUGUGAUAGAAGUUGAUCACUAGCCUUUUAGGAUGUUGCAAUUUAGAGUUGAAACAAGACAAAUUGGGAUUGAGGAUGGAUAAGAGUUUUUGUGACAGAUUAGGGUGCAAGACCUAAGUUGCUAUUCAAAACAGACAAUAUUGGAAAGGAAAUAGCAAACUAUAAAUAUGCAACAUCAUUUAUUGACAAUCAGGAUUCUUUUUUAACAGUUCGGUCUUCUUGGUACAGGAAUAAAAGCCUAUCAUCCCUUAUGAUAAAUGUUUCCCACAUACUAAGGAGCCAACUAUCCCUUAAAUGGCAGCUUUUGACAAGUGCAUGCCAACAUAAAGAUGGGAAGAAGAGAAAACAAUACAUGCUAAUUCAGUUUAGUAUCAGCUUCAGAAAUGUAUCCCUGCUGAUGUCACAGACUUCACAUAUCUGACUUUCUUAUUGCCUACAACCUAUUAUAAGAACAAGGUAUUGGUUUUGUGGAAGAAUAAUCUCUAUGGAAAGGAAUGUCAUUGUUAUAUUAGCAUAAUUUGUUCCCUAAGCAUUAAAAUAAUUAACCAUAUAUUAAACAGCAUUAAACAUAUACUGAAUAUUGUGGUGUUUGCAUAGAUUUAUGUCAGGAUCUGGAAAUUGAAAAAGUCUUAUCCUGACUUCUGCUUUAGUACAAAUACUAGUCCCAGAAAUCCUAUACAUUUAAAAAUAGUACUCUAAAUAAUGUGAAGAAUAGAGAAUAUGGCUUGGAGAAAGAUAAGGGACAAGAUAGAAGCCCUCCGGCUGUCACCAAAAGUCUCAACGUGGGACUUCUUAAAAUUGAGUUUAUUAUUUGCUAUAAGUCCCUUCAUAACCUUGUCCAUUGGAAAUCAAAGCUUGAAUCCUUGCAUUGAAAAGAAUCAGCUGCAAACAAUUUAUGGAGAAGAAUGAAAUGCAUUAAUCUGAAUGGCUAGUAUAUUUGAGGUCUUUGCAUGCAAAAUAAAACUCCACCAAUUCACCAAGCAGAAUUCUCAGAUGCAGUUAGAGAAGCAAAAAUGACCUAGACCUGGGAUGCAUCCUGAAGAAUGAAAGUAAUCAUAGGUAUUAAAAUUGCAGAAUUAUACCAUCUCUGCCAUUGUUCAUCAGAAGGUUUUCUUUGUGGGAAAGGCAUUCUUAGUUUUGAGAUAGAAAAUCCCUCUCUCCUAAGAGAAGUAAGGCGUAAGAAAAUAAACCCAAGGUGUUUUCUAUGGAAAGAAUUGUUCCAAUAAUCUUUGCCUUCUCUUUUCCAAGUCAGACUUGCCAUGGAAAUUUUUUACUCCAUAUUUUGACAACUGGGGCUAUUCAUAGAGACCUUGUAAAACUACUCGUGAUUUUCAUUUUCCUGGAGGACUGAAAUGACUUUGUUUCUCCUCACAAAUGGACUUACCUCCUUUACACACAAAAAUUAAAUUACUCAGCAUGAAAUUGUUCUGAGUUAUUACUUACUUGCUUAUUGUGAGCUUCCUAUGAUCAGAGUCAUAGGUUCCAUCACCAAGAUGGUUGGGAUCUCAUUGUUCUACUGAUGUGUCUCCCAAAACCUAAUUUUGCUCCUUUCAGGCCUUGAAUUAUUCAUGGAGAAAUAACAUAUAUGUGUAUGUAUUUUUUAAUCUUACCCUUAAAGAUGCUACAAUUACAAUAUUAUAUGUAUUAUAGAACAAAUCUAGAAUAAUGGUUUAAACUUAAAAGAAAGAAGAAAGCUGAAUUUGCUUAAGAAAAAAAGGCUAUGUUUCAAUUAGAAAGAGUUUUCCACUUUUAUGUUUGUUUGUUUGUUUAAAUUGAAUUUUCUUAUGAGCCAUGUUGUAUGAGAUUAGCCAUGGCUUAUUUUUCUCUUCAUCUCCAUAAUUUUUUAGCCUAGGUUUAGUUUUGGUUCCCAGUAACGACUUUUUUUCUUAGAACUAUCAGCACAAAGCUAUAUCUGACCUAAUAAAAACUACUAAUACUUUGAAGACAAAUAUUAAACAAUAUACCACAUAAAAGGUGAGAUGAGACUUUGGAUUAAGAAAUAAAAUUCCAGCUUAGUAAGUCUUCUUUCUUAGGCAUUUAAAAUAGUUCCCCUAAGACUGCACUUGCUCUAGUCUUGUAGAUAAAAAUGCAAAUUUCUCAUCAUGGUUGGCAUAAUAUCUCUGAACAUCUCACUAAAUGCAAUUUAUGUGCAUACUCGCAGAAGAGAAAUAAACUAUUCUCAUUUGUAUUUAGCUCUGUUGUCAAAUGUGACCAACUAAAAUGCAAGAAAGAAUUUGUUUUCACCCAGCAAUAUACAUUACUUCCCUCUUGGCAAGAAAGCUGGUGUGAAUGUUAGGUUUAGGCUUAACAUUUACAACAGCGCAAAUGUUUAUGAAUAUUAUGGAAAACUUAUUUUAAAAUCUUGAUUUCCUUUCAGCACAUUUACAUACUGUGUGCUGAUUAAUAAAUUAGGCACCAAUCAUGUGUAAAUCAAUGUAAAUCACUAGUUUAUGUACAUAAUAUAAACUAUGUAAACUUCAUUUUUCAUGCAGGGCCCAAGUUAGUGAAAUCUAUGAGUCUUUUAAAAACUAAACUAAAAAUAGAUUCAAAAAUAAAGCCUUUCACAAGUCAGAAUGGGAAGGAGGGUGACUAAUGGCUCUUAUGCAAGUUUGCCCCAGGCUCACAGGAGCUGUCAAAGGUUCCCAUCAUAUCCAAGUAAGAGGGGCUCUCCUCUUAGCUCCUUAACUUAACUUGUGAUUUUCCCAGUUUCUGCCACAAUUGUCUCAUCUAACCUCAAAAUGAGAGCAAUUAAAAGAGAGGAAUGGAACAAUUUGAAGGUGCCAUGUGUCUCUUGUGUCAACCUUCCCUCUAUCUUCUUAAUUCUUCUUACUACCAUCUGAGACAGCUUUCUUAACACCAUGGAAGUCACCUAACACAUUGAUGGGCAAAAUCUUAUUCUUCUUUAUUUUCUCUUCAACCAAUUGGAGGGGGCUGUCUUCUUUGUUAUCUUGAUGCUAAGACAUUGUGGGAUGUAAAACCUGUGCUAGAUAUCUUCAACAAAUAUCUUGCUAAGUCACCCAAGGAAAUAAUUUCUUUAAAUCUGAUAGACCUAUAUUUCUACAUAAUGAUCUUUAAUCUUGCAAAGAAAGCACAGAAUUAUUUUUAAUGGAACUAUUUCCCAGAUAUAUUAUCUUAGAGUCUUUUGAAGUGUCUGCUGUUUCACAAUAAUGACAUAGAUACCUUGAAUGAUGACUUGUGGGGGUCAUCCAAUAAAUGACUUGAGGGAUCACAUGAAUUUUUUGCAAAGGACCUUUAGAGAAAGCAAUUAAAGUCAAAUUAACAACAUACCUAAAUUCAACUCAAGAUAAAUGAUACCUUUAAAUUAAGGUAGAAAGUAUACUAGAGUGGGAUCAGGAAAAUUGAGUUUUAACUUUUAGUGUGGCCAGAACAAGCUGUGAGACCUUAGGCAGGUCAUUCAAACUUCCUGUAUCUUGGAUUUUUCAUCCUGAUAGGGAUUUUCAUGACAUAUCUAAAACCUCUGUCAACGCUAAACUCUUAUUUUGAAUAAUAAUUUAAUGCUUAUGUUGAAUUCUGUUCACUAAAUUAUUCCAAGCAGUUGUUUGUCAUCUCUGAUUUGAUCUCUCUAGCAUCAUCACCCUUCAAAACCAUCAUCCAAUUAUUUCCAUUUCAAAAGUCAAUAUUUUUAAAAUAUAGGUUCCCUGGACUAGAUCUUUCAGUUUUUUUCUGGUUAAAGCUUCUUAGCAAUGCCAAAAAAAAUUCAUAUUACAGUGACAGCACUAGAAUUAUCCCCUGGUUUAUGACAUAAAUUCUAACUGAUGAACUACAUGUUCUAGUAACCUUUCAUAGGAAGGAAAACAACCAGAUUAGGCAUGUAACAAUUUAGGAGUUGUUCAUUUGAGAGGAAACAUCUUUGUUCUCUCAUCCUGGGCCAACUGUCCCAUUGCAGUAAAUAUAUAUUCUUGGAAAUAUUGCUUGUGCUGAUGCAGUAAACAUGUUUUCCCCAAGAAGGUUCAAAAGGUCAGACUGUGUGAAAUAAGCAAGAUAAUGGGUUUGUUUUGGAAGGAAUUCCUUAUGGUGUUGGUUUCCUUAAACUUGACUUACAGGCUAUGAAAUCAUGUAAACUGACAGUGAAAACACCCUAUUUUCCUAAGGUACUAGUCAAUACUACUUAAAGAAGACAAAUUGAAUAUAAGCAGAGGCAGAAGGGGUUACAGAGUUGAAGACAGUGUAAGUUGUUGUCAAGGCCAAAUCAAAAUAUGAAGGUUAUGUUUUUUCUAGGAUGAGGGGAAGCAGCAAGGACGGUUUCUCAAGCAGUUAAUAAGAAAUCACUAUUUUGAAUCAUAUUCUCAAUAGAUUAAGCCUCCUUUACUUGAUCUCUCAAGAUGAAAACCCAUAUAUGCUUGAGCUCAAUUUAGCAUCUGUCCAAGGUAGUUUUUCAUGCAUUGUUUAAGAGAACAGACAAAUUGCAAGCCUCCUAUCCACCAAAGAGCAGGAAUUAUUCAUAAAUUCCAAGCAUUAAUAUCAUUUUAUGUAGAUAAGGAUAUACAAUGUGCUUAGAUACUUACAAAAACUCUUUAGGGGAGAGGGAGGGAAGCUGCUUGCAGGACACCCCCCUACUUCACCGUCAUUUCAGAGGUGCAUCUUUUUGAGUGGUGCUCCUGGAUCUACUCUGACAGCUACAUUCUUCCCUGCACAAGCCUCUGUAUGUAAAGCCUGGCACAGAGUCAAAUGCUGCUUCUUGCAAAUGAAGAAAACACGCAAAACUACUUGCUUCAUGGACGCAGCAGUGAAUCUAAACUAUCUGAUGCCUCAUUUGAAUCCACUUCCCUAGAUCUUUGCUCUUCAUCAGAAGAGGCUAAUGAUGCAUCCUGGUGAAUUGUAGCCACGUUCUACUCCCUAACUAUUUACUGGGAGUUGGGGGUGAGGUCAAAUGAAGGAAAUGACAUGGGGGAGAAGCAUAGGAGAAAAUUUUCCUGUGCUUUCCUUCACACUGCUUGAUCUUUUUCCUUCUCACUGCACUACAGAAGGGUAUACACAUCCUGCUCUUGGUUAGAAUUCUCCUUAUUAACAGUGUUAUAUACAUAUAAAUAUAUAUAAAUAUAUAAAUAUAUUCCUUUCUCAGCCCUGUAGACAUAAACUGAACUUUCCUUGAUGAUACAAACACAUGGCCAUUUUUUGUUUGGGUUUUUGCUGUUCAAGGUUUUUUGUUUUGUUUUGUUUUUUAAAGAGUUUUGUUUAUUGAGUGGAUUUUUUCCCCUGGAUACUAGCUCUGUGAAGGAAAAUAAAAAGCGCAGUGUGUGUUAAAAAAAUUAAAAUUAAAAAAGCUUUUUUCCUUUCCUUUUUAAAUGUAUUUAAAUUCUGUUUCUCUUUUAUGUUACUUUACACGUAUGAAUGCUCUGCUCUUCUGUGAUCUUAAAACAAAAUGAAAUAAACGUGAAAAGGA